AUGGAUGACCUCAAGUUGUACGCUCCUCAUGCUGCAGGCCUCAGGCGACUGCUUGACAUCACUUGUGAUUUCAGUAGUCGCAUUAGGAUGAGGCUGGGAGUCGACAAGUGUGCGGUUCUCCAUGUAGAGAGAGGGAGCAUAGUCUCAUCGGAUCGUUUACCUGUAUCCGAUGGGAUAAACCUUCGGGCACUCUCCGAGGGAGAAACAUACCGGUACCUGGGCAUGUCGCAAAAUUUAGGUAUUGACGUGGCGGUCGUCAAACAGGCUGCAUGCGACUUGUUUUAUGAACGUUUGACAAAAGUGUGUAAGAGCCUUUUGUCGGGCGUGAAUAAGACAAGGGCGUUUAACGGCUGGGCGAUGCCCGUCCUGUUGUAUACCUUCGGCGUGCUCAGGUGGACUCAGACCGAACUGGAUGCCCUGGAUAGAAAAGUCCGCUCAAUUAUGACCCUCCAUAGGAUGCUCCACCCGAAGUCCUCGGUAAUGAGAUUGUACAUUCCGCGGAAGUGUGGUGGCCGGGGCCUACUUAGCGCCAAGGUCAUGCACAACAGUGGGGUGUGCAGUCUCAGGGAAUAUUUCCUAUCGAGGGCUGACAGUGUGAUGCACAGAGAGGUCAUGGAAUGCGACAAAGGACUGACCCCGCUAGCCCUGGCCAGAGACGGGUGGCAAUCACCGGCGGUACUCAGUACCUCUGACCGUGAGGCCAUAUGGAAAGGGAAAGAGCUGCACGGACGCUUCUUUCAGGCACUGCAUGAGCCCCACGUGGACAAAGAAGCCUCCGUGCACUGGCUGCGAUUCGGUGACCUCUUUGGGGAAACCGAGGGUUUUGUCUGUGCAAUACAGGAUCAGGUUAUCAGGACGAACAACUAUAGGAAGCACAUUCUGAGGGAUGGGACAGCUGACAUCUGUCGAUUAUGCCGCCGACCGGGUGAAUCCCUCAGACAUGUCACCUCUGGUUGUUCUAUGCUUGCUAACACUGAGUACUUGCACAGACAUAACCAAGCAGCCAGAAUCCUCCACCAAGAGCUCGCCCUUAAGUAUGGCCUCAUCGAACAGAGGCUACCGUAUUAUAAGUACCAGCCGGACGCUGUACUCGAAAACGACCGUGCCAAGCUCUACUGGGACCGGCCCAUCAUUACGGACAGGACUAUUCUUGCGAAUAAGCCUGAUAUCGUGCUGAUGGACCAGACGGAGUCUCGGGUAUUUCUGGUGGAUAUCACCAUCCCCUACGACGAGAACCUCCGCAUGUCACUUCUAUGCGCACAGUAG